AUGGACGAAACGCCUGUUGAUACUUUACAGUCGGAGCUAGAGUUUUAUAGGCAAAACCAAAACGUAGUAGAGCAAGAAAUAAGAACUUUAAUAGCUGACAAUCAAAAACUAUCGCAACAAGUUGGUGCACUGUUAAAGGAGAAGUUACAAUAUGCUCAGCAGUGCCAUGAGAAUGACCAGAGUCAAGAGUUGGAGGACUUACGGAGACAAGUGGCUUUGCUUGGGAAGGAAAGGGAUUCCCUCCAUGUCUUAUGGCAAACGUCACAGAAGACUAUUGAAGCAUUGGACACGGAACUUAAGACGUAUCAACACUACGAUAGUAGAAUCGGAAAACAGAAUUAUAAAGAUGCAAAUCGCGAUUUAGAGUUAAAAUUAGAAACUGCGUUAGGUGAUUAUGUUGAAUUAGAAACGAGUUUUAAGAAAAUACAUUCAGAAAGAGACAAUUUCGAAACAGAAUUAAAGACAAAGGAAAAUGAACUUAAUGCGUGUAGAAAGACUUGUAAAGGUUUAAAUAAUAAAAUAGAAGAAAUAAGUAAAACACUUGAAGAAUGCAAAAUCAAUUUGAUAGCAGAACAGAAGAAUAAUGAAGAUUUGAAGUCACAAUUAGCAACGGGCCAUAAAGAUGCUAUCGAUAGAGUUAAGAAGGAAGCAGAGGCUAAAACAAAGGUAGCAGAAGCUCUACAACUGUUUGAUGUCGUAAAUUCGCAGAAGAACGAAGCGAUGAAAAAUGUUUUUGAAUUAACACAGGACGUAACAAAAUUAAAACAAUCUCUUGCUACAGUUAAGCGUGACACUGAAGCAACUUUUAAAGCGGAACUGGAUGAAAUCAAAGAAAAAUACAAUGAAAAAGUAACAGAUAUGUUGGAACAUGUUAGAAAUUUAGACUCGGAGCUAGUUGAAAAGGGGCUUUUAUUAAAUAAAGCUUUACGCGAAAUCAAAAUUUUACAAACCACCAAUGAAAGUUAUUUGAAGCAACAGAGUGAAAGCGCUAAAGUUAUCGACCCAAAAUUGACGCUCGCUGAAGAAAAACUUGAAACUGUAUUUCAGGAGUUGGUUCAGUCAGAGCGUCGCAACAUGCAGCUGGUUUGUGAAAAACAUGCUCUAGCCAUGGACAUCCAGAGAGUUCAAGACUCGCAUUCGAGGGAGAUUAAACGACGAGACUGGGAAGAGAAACUGUUGAAGACACAGUGUGAAGAACUUAAGAUACAAGUAGAACAUUUACAGAAGUCCUUGAGUGAAACGCACGAAAUGAUAAACAAGUUGCAAAACAUGAUGUCGUCGAAGACAGAGCUUAAUCAAAAAAUGGUGACUACAAAAGAAGUAGAGGUGAUCGAAUUGAAUAAACAUUUGGAAAAUCAAAUGGAGCUUAAUAAAAAGUGGAAGGCAUCCUAUUUGGACAUGACAGCAAAAUUAAAAAAUAAACUGGAAGCUCUUUAUAAGGAAAAUAAGGACUUGAGAAAACAAUUAAAUUUACCACAGAGUACUUCAAGUGAUAGCCUUAUUAGUUAA